CGAUUAGUCACUUAUCAGUUCCUGGCAAGAGCUCGUGUGUUUCACAACGCAUCCGGGACAUUGAGUCUCUGUUGUUGUAGACUCAAAACUUAACCGCAGAGCCUAACCGUUCUUAAGUACUGAGAUAUCUGUACACUCCCUCCUCCAUGGACACCCUAACUCACACGCCGCCGCUCUUUCUUUCGCCUGCGCUGCCGUCUGAGCUCCUGCAGUUCGUCAUCGACCGGUGCACCUACCCAACCACGCUCAUCAUCUGCGGCGACCGCGCCGAGUUUCUGUCCACCCUCACACAGGAUCUCAGAGAGCAGCAGCAGACGCCACCCCGCCCCGCAGACGCGGAACCUGACGCCACCCCGCAGCAAGCCACUGUAGAUCCGUCGCACCCAUCUAAUCCCCAUCCGGAUCCCGGUCUGGAUUCCGGUCUCAGACACGCCACCCAACCAGCAACGCCGCCUCACCCCAACCGCGCCGAGCAGACCUCCCCUCCGUCCCGGGAAAUCCGCCACGGUGGUAAACCGCACCCGCUGCUCACCGCCCCGCUCGCCCAGCUCGCCGUGACACGGCACAUCCGCACCGUCUUCAUACCCACCGUCACCCACCUGCGCGCGUUUCUGUCCGUCUUUUCCGUGCCCGUGGAGGGGCCGCCGCUACCGGGUCGAGCUAGGAUUCCACCGGCACCGGUGAGGAGUGGCCGUGGGGACGGUGACCGCGGCCGUUCCAGAAAGGGGGGGCGAGAAAUAGAUAGCAGCAGCAGCAGCAGCAGCAGCAGCAAAACCGGCCCCCCGCUCCUGGUGGUGUACGGCUUCCUCGCGCUGCACCGCGGCACGAGCGAGUGGAGCGUGCAGGGGCUGGGUGCGAGCGCGGCGGCGCUGGUCGAGGCGGGGCGCCGGGCCAGGUUGGGAGUUGUCGUUGUCGAGCAGCAGCAGCAGCGGCAGCAACAACGACCACCCGUGGGGCUGGAGCAAGGAGGGGCCUUGUUGACGAAGGAGGCGCUGCUGGAGGAGAGGGUCCCGGUAUUGAGCGGGAGCGCGAGGAGGGCUGGCGGCGGCUUGCAGGGGACUGGCUGGGCGGGGAAGACGGUAGAUGUGGGACGCGUCCUAGGGCGCUGGUUUCGGUUCCGCGAGCGGCAGUGGUGUCAAGCUGGAACAACGGAGGGUUGAGCAGCGAGGAAAGCCGUGAGUGGUCGGGGAUAGGGGAAUGUGCUCGACUCGCCCAGGGUGGAUGUAUCAAUGCUGUUCCUCGUGAUGUCUGUGUGAGUACGCCCUAUACAGCCUAUGCGAACAAAUUUC